AUGUCUGGAACCACUACCGCCCUUGUCGUGCCAGAACUCAACGGCCAAUUCGAACUUCAGGAGAUAUCGCUAGAUGCGCUUCAGCCCGAUGAAGCUCUCGUCCAAGUCCAUGCCUUUGGCGUGUGUCACACUGACAUCUCGUGUGCCAACGGCAAGCUACCAUGCGGGCCGAACGCUGUGCUCGGCCACGAAGUCAGGGUUGCGCCCGAGACUCCCCUGAAUCUUUUUGCUCCAUUGGGCUGCGGCAUUCAGACGGGCGUGGGUGCAGUCCUGAACACCCUCCGGGUCAAACCUGGCAGCUCGGUAGCUGUUUUUGGCGUGGGCGCUGUUGGCAUGGCGGCAGUAAUGGCAGCUAAGUUAUGCCAGGCCAAGACUAUCAUCGCCAUUGAUCUACAACCUGGUCGACUAGAGCUGGCCACGGAGCUCGGCGCCACACACAGCAUUCUUGGCUCAGACCAGCGCGUCGUCGACAAGAUUCAAGAAAUUUGCCCUCCAGUUGGUGUCGACUAUGCCGUUGACUGUACCGGCGUCCCGGCCGUCGUUGAGAAGAUGGUGGCGGCCCUGGGAACGAAAGGGAGGGCGGCCACCGUCGGUGCGCCAGGCAGCAACUCUCAGGCCAAGAUAGACAUUAUGAGCCACCUGACUUAUGGUAAGGAAUACGUGGGCUGUUCUGAGGGGGAUAGCAAUCCAUCUAAGUUCAUCCCUUACUUGAUCGAUUUGCAUUCUCAGGGACUCUUACCUCUUGAAAGGCUGAUCACCUAUUACAGCAUCCAAGAUCAUGAGAAAGCCAUUGCCGAUGUAGUUGGUGGAUCGGCCAUCAAGGCAGUGAUUCUGUGGAAUGAAAACCCCAUCGAACUAUAA